UGAGAAUAUGCUAGAAAGAAAGUGAAAAACAACAUGGCACAGUAUCAUUCAAGCUCUGAACAGGCUGAUUACUUUCAUCUGUUGGAAUCCGAGAGCAUUCUUGUUGUCAAAGACAUCAAAGAAGAGAUACAGAAUGUCCUCAAUUCUGGGUCGGAGCCAAAGUUUGUUAAUUCCCUUCUGGACUACUUCAUCCGGACCAAUUCAAGGGAAGCUUUAGAUCUGAUCUCAGGAGUUCGAGAGCCACAUGAUAAGCAUUUGUUGGAUCGUUUGAAUGAGUAUCUAAAACAGCCAUCAACAGUGCUUCAAAGUUUGACUGUGCUAGGGUGCCUUAUACAACGCCAACCCUCCUGGCUACACAAGAUUUUCAAGGCUCCGGUUUUCCAAUCAGUAAUUAAGCUACUUAAGGUUGACACCAGUGUACCUGUGUUAAUGUCCGGUGUUUUGAGCAUCACAACACUACUACCUAUCUACCCAUCAUUGGUCAGUCCAUACCUCAACGACAUUUUCCAGAUUUUCUCUCGAUUAGCAGCUUGGAAUAUUCGAAAACCAGGGAAUGUUCCAGAGAUAUACAUGCUGCAUUUGAAUGUUGCUGUAUAUGGCUUAUUCCAUCGUCUCUAUGGCAUGUAUCCAUGCAACUUUGUUGAUUUCCUCAAAGUCUCUUACAAGGAUAAAACAAAGGAGUUCAAUAAGGUGAUUCUGCCAUUGCUUCAAAGGAUGCGCAUUCACCCAAGGUUGAUCACAGAUACAUACAGCAAAGAAAUAGAUGCAUCAAGAUGGAGGAAGAUGGAAGCUCAUGAUGUGUUGAUGGAAUGUGCUAAGGUCUCACUUGACUACUCAUCAGAGCUUAGAGGUAGUGAAUCCCUCAUAAGUGUCUCAUCAGUGAGUGAGAAUCCCAAUAUGUCAUCUCGCCUUAAGCAGUACCUUGAGAAGAGUCAACGUCCCACCUCUUCUCCCAUCAUUUCUGCAGUGCCCACAAUAGAGAACACAGAUGAUCUCCCAGACUUGGACAUUUUUAUUCAGUCAGGAGCUGAAGAGAUUAGCAGGGACCCACAGACUGAGAAUCCAGAUCAGUCAUGGUUUAGUCCAUCUCAAUUGUGCCCUCUUUCAACACCUCCGUUAUCAAGACCUGCAUCUCCUAGCACAAGUCAUGCAGAUAUCAGUAUGGUCAGAUCCUCUUGUGUGGGGAGCAUGGUAACACCUGCUGCAAAUACUCCAACACCGCAAGUUACACCAGGUGGCUCUCCACGUCCCUUUAUUGCAGAUGACCUUCGUAGUAGAUUGGCACACAUCUCAAGUGGAAAAGGAUCUUGGAAAACAAAGGCACCAUUUCAGAAACAAAUGUCAAUAACAUCAUUAAACUCAUCAGGAGCUAAUUCAACUAAAUUCAGUGAAGGCAGCAAGUCUGUCCCUUCCACACCAUACAAAAAGACAGAUCCAUUUGAGUUUCCACCAGUUAACAACAGCACACCUGCUAGAAGGCUUAAAAUAGCAGAGAAAGAAGUGAUUCAAAAAGGUAAUGACUGCCAACAACUUGAGAACCCCUCACAAAAGGAUGAAUCUUUUGAAGAGAUCAAACUUUCGGAACCGCAGACAAGCAUUAAGUUACUUGUGGAGAGUCAACCAUCAGCUGAACCAGUAUCCAUUAACACGUUACAAGUAGUCAUCAAACAACUGUCACCAGAUGAUGGCACCAGCUUAGAUGAUGAUGGCAUCAACAAAGAAUUGUCUUUAAUUGUGAACAGUGAAGACGAAAGUCCUCAGGUUGAAUGUAUGUCAUCCGCAUCUUUUCCAAUGGCAUUCUCUUUUGAUAGGUUAGAACGUACUGCUAGGAUGCAUUUUAGCAGCGAAAGUGAGGCAACAGUUUUUCCAUUUCAAAGCCAUCACAGUAGAACACGUAACGAAACUUAUCCACCAUUGUGGAGAUGUGGUGAUUCUGGAAUGCCCAUUUUAGAGAUGAAAACCUCUAUUAGUGACAAUGAUAACAAGAAUGGUAAAUGGAAAAACUUUAGUGCAAUUAAAUACUCUGAUGAUAUUGAAACAGACGGCAUCCAAAAUGUAAUUGAUAAUCAAAGAGCUGAUUUUGAAAGAACUGAUAGUAAUGAAGGUAAUAAUGACAUUCAAACAAAAGAUGUCAUCAACAGUGUUGAUGGAUCCAGAAGAGUUGAUGCUAGUAGAGAUCCAGAUGAUCUAGAGACCGACUCUAAAGAAAGCAAACUUGAUAGUGAAUACACUGCUAAAUCUUUCGAUGUUAAACAAAUUCUAGAAGGGAAUAAACCGUCGGUUCCAGUGUCACAACGUUUCACUCCUAUCAAAGACCGCUCUGUUGACAGCUUAGAAUCACCAGCAAAUACACGAAGUGCUCGGAGCUCAACCUCUGACUACCCAAGUGUGUCUGGUUACCACAGUGGCACUACCACUGCUGAUUUGAGGUCUCCAAAUAAUAAUCCCUACCUACAUCUAUUUCCCAACAUGGUCAGUCCGAUGGUAAACCAGUACCAGAAGCAGAGCUCCUCUGUAAACUCAACUCCAGCAAGUGACUUCCAAAGAAGUAUGGAUGGCUUCCAAACACCCAAUGACAUGUCUGGUAGGAUAUCUUGGCAGUCACCACUGUCACCACCAGAACUACUGGAUCUUUAUAUUGAACUUGGUGAUAAUGUCCAUUCAAAGGAACUAAGUCGAAUUCCUCUAACAAGUCGGAACAACAUCAGAUGGACUCAUUUUGGAGGACAUCCACCUGCUGAUGAGAUUGAACUACUAAAGGGUCAAGUGUUCUUACUACACACACAGUUACAAUUUGAAAGAAACCAACGUGAGCAGCAUGAGCAGAGAAACAGACGCCUACUGAGAAAAACACACAAAGCCAAAGCAUUUGAGGAGCAAAACAGUGCAUUGCAGAUGCAGCUGAAACAGUGUCAACGUGAGAAGCAGGAGUUGGUAUGUGGCUGCACACAAAUAAGGAAGGAGAGAGAUGAACUGAGUGCUAUGUGUGAAGCGAUGAGAAAAGACUUGGGCUUAGAAAGAGGGAAAAACACUCUGAUGAUUAGAGAGUUGCAAGAAGCGAAAGAAGAACUUCAAAAACUACUUGUCGAACACAAACAGGAAGUUGAGAAAAUGAAAAAGGAUUGGAAGGUUGCUGAAAAUCGUGUUUGUGUUUUAGAAACUGAAAAGGAGAAUUUGAUGGUGGAAUUAGCUGUUAAGAAACAUUUAGAGAGUGAGGUAAAUUUUUUGAAUCGUCAGUUGUUAUUGAUGGGUGAGGUAAACAUGAAAGAUCUGCACAGGAUGGAGGAUCAGCAAUUGGCGCAGAAGGGCAAGGAAGAACUGCAGAUGUUCAAGAAAGCAUCCAAGAGGGAGCUACAUCACUUGAUGGAUGUGUGCAAGCAAAAGAGUAUACAAUUAGAGGCUGCCAGGGCCAAGAUAGUGGAAUUAGAGCAGGCUAAAGAACAAAAGGAAUUGUCCAUCAUGGAACAGAAGCGUUACUUAGAGAGUGUUAAGAGUUUGUCAAAAGCUAAGAUGACGGCCAUGGAGACCAGGGUCAAAUCAUUUAAGAAAAUUAUUCAACGACAGGAAGCAUGGUUUUUCAGACUCCAGACACAGAUUUAUGAACUUCAAGGAGAUCAAGAGUCUAGUUUCAGCAACAAGGCAUCAAAAAGUUUGAGAAGGCAGAGUAGCACAUCUCGAACAAGUAUCUUAACUAGCCAUUCUGGAUCCAGUACUCCAGAGGUCAUUACACAAGAACGAUUAAAACAUGUUCCUAACAGCGAGGAAGCAAUGGAUGAUGCCAUGUAUUCAUGGGCAGAGUCACAGAGUACAAGCUCAGAGAGAUCAACAUCAAGGAAAUACUCUUUAAAAGAGGAAACAACUUUAAAUAUUGACUUUGAAAUAAGAAAACCGUCAUUGAAUGAACUCAGAAUGGAAAUUCCUUCUCUUAAGGAUCCGGUGAAAACAGAGAAUCUAUCACACAGUGUCAUGUCCAGUCCACCAAUCAGCUUUAGCGAGACAUCCCCAUUCAGACGAGUUGAACCUAGAACAAAGUCGCAAAAAAAAUUAAACAUUCAUAAAUCUAACAGCCUGCCACGGACAUUUAAAGAAACGGCUUCAAAAAAGAAAGCAGACAGCGAGAAAUGCAAACCCAGCGCCACAAGUAAUCAACAAAAUAUACAGGAAAGCAGUAAUAGCUAUGACAACCUAAUGCCUGACAUCACAAGCGAUGGCACAAAUGUGGCAAACUCCGGUAGUAGUUAAUUUGAUAAUGGUCUGUCAUCAAAAUAAGUAUUGUUUUCCUUGGUGUAUUGGUCAGUGAGUCACUACCAAUCUCAACACUUUGAUGUAUUGUUAGAGUAGCAGGGUUCUCUCUGUUCCUGGUAAGCAGAGAAAGAAGAAAUGCUGGCAAAUGUUUAAAAAAAAAUACAACUGCCAAUCAAGAUGCCAGUAUUUGAUAAUUGUGAAGCCAAUUAAUGUAUUCAGAGAAUGCUUAAACAAUUAUUUUGUGUUUUUUUAAGUAACUUAUAAAUCUAUUUAAUCAUAAAUACUUCUUUGUUACAACUUUCAUUGUACUGCCAAUCGAAAAUUGAUGCUGCUUUUAAGUACAUCCUCAUCGUUAAGCAAUGUUAACUUUGAAUUAGAUGGAAAGAUGGAAACUAAAUUUAUAGAAAAUGAAAUAAAUUAUAAUUACAAUAAUGCUAUAAAUUAUAUUGAUGUUUGUAGAUUUACAAUAUACCAAUUACAUAUGUUAUUGGUGACAUAAUUUGGAUCAUGCAGUAAUUGAAUCAUACAUAGCAGUUUGGAAGGUUUCCAGAAAAUUUGUUUGGCCUUGUAAAGCAUCCAUGUAGUGAGAUGCUAACAUGCUCGAUAUAGAACACAACUGAUAUUUUUUUUUUUUGGAUUGUGUUGAUUGAUUGAUAAUGAAAUAGUAUUGAUUUGAGGAAGGUAUCAUGAGGAUGUUAUCAUUUUAAAAAGAUGGUGCUACUAGUAGGAGGUGCAACUGUACAUAUAGGUGUAUGGAUAUAUUGUUUAUUAUGAGAGAAAUGUAGUUGAGAUGAUGAUGAUGUUGUGGGAAGUUUAUCGAAGAGUUGUCUACAUAAAUUGAUGAAAAAGGUGCAAUUAGUGAAGUUUGUUGUAUCGGUUAAUGGCAUUACUAUUCUGGCGAUUGUGCAUUGUUGUAGUGGUGAUAUUAAUAAUGUCUGUUAAGAUUCACUUAUAAUACCCUAUCAGAACUCCCACAAAUCAUGUGCAUGUUACAGUGCUACAUUAAUGGUGUGUACAACAUGUAUGUUAUGCUAUGCAUUGAAGGUUCUAAUUUGGGCCUUGCAUAUGACAUUCUUUCCGUAUAUUAAUGGUUUAAUCACUCUUUCCUUGUUUAAACAGAAUAAAAGGUUGUACAAAAUAUUA